AUGGACGAAAGAUCUCCCAGACGCCCGCGGGCGAAGUCCGAAGCAGCACGACGACUAGGAGAUCCGGGAGAGGCAGCCGCCUCACCCACCAGAAGCAUCCCAGCUGCCGGUCGCGCCGAAUUCGUCUCACCCACAAGACGAGCCUCUGGCCUGGAGGGUCCGGAAGCAUCAGGGGCAGCCGGUUCUGGCAUCCGGCGACGAAGCACGGCAGCGACUCGACGUAGCGGAAUACCCAGUCUCACAUCCCGCACCACGCUGGCGCAGCGAACACAAGGAAGAUUCACAUUGGCCGGUCCAGAUGAAACACCUCAGCUUAGACUGGCUCACGAACCAUUCGUGCAUCCCGGAUACACAGAGCUCAACCCUGCCUACGAGCAACCCGCCAACGCCAAGCCGGUAUGGAGUUUAGCGAAGCCCCUGCCGCGAGUGGUGCGGCCAGGCAUGGUUCCCACCAAGGAGGAGUUACUGGAGGCGCGGGCGAACGCCCAGUUGCCGGCGGAGAACUCGCAGAGGCUUGGGCUGGACGUUGAUCCCAAUGACCUUGAGGCGGGCCAGAUCGAUAAGAGCGCUGAUCCGCGCAAGAUGGCCGCGCAGGUGGAGGAUGCGCGGGUGCAGCGCGAGAACAACUUCGUCAAUAAGAUACUGACCGGGGACGCGGUGUCAACGCGGCGGUUAUCCCGUACUUCAUCCUCUCGUAUACGCCGCCCCUCUAACGUGGAGCCCCCUGUGGACCAGUUAUCGACCGUACAGGAAGGUGAGCACCCCGCGGACACGCAGCCCGAAGUUCAGACCCAGCUGCAGUCUCCACAGCCACAGCAGGAGCUCAGCGCUGAACCUCUGCAGCCAGUGCCGGAGGAGCUCGAGCCGCAUUUAGUCGAUCACGACCACGAUCACGAAGACAAGGAUGAGGUGAGCGUCUUCCCUACGCUUGAGGAGGCAGCGUACCCGGAUGACCUGCACCCGCUCGUCCAGGAUCUUGUCGAGGAGGAAGUUCACAAUAACCACACGACCUGGUCCGUCAUCCGCACGCACCACCGCGAGGAGCUGGCCGAGGCACUGGCGGUCUUCGUCCAGCUCACCGUCGGUCUGUCCGCGGAUCUGUCUGUCACACUGGCCGGCGCAGGGAAUCCCAACACCACUGCCUGGGCGUGGGGGUUCUCUGCCAUGAUGGCCAUCUACAUUUCCGGUGGUGUGUCCGGGGCGCAUCUCAACCCAACCAUCACGGUGAUGCUGUGGUUCUACCGCGGAUUCCCCAAGCGGAAGAUGCCCGCUUACUUUGCGGCGCAGUACCUGGGCGCCUUCAUCGCUGCGCUGUCGGUGUACGGGCUGUACUACCACUCCAUCCAGCAUUAUUUAUCCACGAAUGCACCCACCGAUAUUAUCAACAGCUUCAUCACCAGCCAGCGAGAAACAUGGAUCGGUCCCGCGACUGCCUUCUUCAACGAGUUCCUCGGAACGCUGUGUCUGACCGUGACUGUCCUAGCACUGGGAGAUGACCAGAAUGCUCCUCCCGGAGCAGGCAUGAACUCGCUCAUCAUAGGCUUCGUCGUUGCAUGUCUCAGCAUGACAUUCUCAUAUCAGACAGGCGCGGCUUUCAACCCAAGUCGAGACUUUGGGCCGCGGUUGGCAUUGUUGGCGCUGGGGUAUGGGGGAGAUCUGUUCACGAAUCCGUAUUGGUUCUACGGACCGUGGGCGGGAUCCUUGACCGGUUCGUUCAUUGGAGCGUUCCUGUACGAUUUUAUGAUAUUCACUGGGGGCGAAUCGCCUGUAAACUAUCCCUGGGAGAGAACGCAGAGGGCGAUGCGAAAGAGUCGCGCGAAGUGGAAGAGGAGGCUGCAUUUGGGGAGGGAGAAAAGGGUUGUCCAGUAG